AUAGCCAAAAAGUUUUUUAACUAAAUUUUGUAACCAAAGUUAAAUUGAUGAACAUGUAGUAAACUUUAUUAGUUCUAUCAAUUUGCACAGGUUUCAAACAGAACCAACCAGACCCUUGGACGAGAAGACAUACUCUUACCUCGAAGAUAGGGACGGUGGCGCUUCACCGACGACAGUUCAUGCCUGAUAAAUUAUUUGGGAUAAGAAUGGUACAAUAUUUUGGAAAAUUUUGACAGUUUUAAGGAGGUAAAAAAUUCUCGUGUGAGUUUUUCGUACCUUUAUUCAGAGAUAGAAGUCUUCGUCUGGACAAUAAAGAGCAUGAAAAAAUUAAGACACCUACAUAUAAUUGUUGCAAUAGAUUGUUUUUGAUUGAUGAAAAUAGUUUCAGAAUCAGAAAAAUGAUAUAGUUUCGGAAUAAAAAAAAUAACAUAUUUUUGCAAUAUAUUUGGAAGACGUAUAUAUUCUACAAUAGAGCUUCAGUCAUACGGAAUUUAUAUAUAUUCCCAAAACACAAACAAAAUAGUGGCUGAUCUUGUAAGUAGUGGUAGAAAUCAAACGUUUGUCGUCGUUUAUGUACAGAGCUACCAAAUUGGUUUGUAGAAUUUAAUUGGAAUCUAUGUAAAUUGAUUACCAAAAAAAUGUAUAUAUGUAUAUUGUAUCAUCAGUGCAAAGGUUCGCAUGUAUUUCAAGUGGAAUUUUUAUAUAAAAUGGAACAUGUUUUUUUGUUUUCUUAAAGGAACAUGUUUCUAUUCAGAAAAGCUUUUUCGUCAAAUAUGAGUUUUUUUACGGCAAUCAAAUAUAUGAGUUUUAAAUAAUUAGUUAAACAUGCCUUCGGUCUUUGAUUGUCCAAGUUAUUCUUGUUUUCUCCUACGAUUUUUAGUGUCUUACCCUUUUUUUUUUCUUAGUGUGAUUUAAUCUCUUAGUUUAAAAGCAUGAUCUCCAUUAGGGGUUUAACGAGAAAGAAGAGAGAACAAAAACGAUGCUAAAAGAAUCAUUUUAAAAGAAAUUCAUGAAGACAGAUUCUUAAUGAUUAAAUUUGUUUUAAAUUAAAGUUACAGUAUACAAAUGAAAUAAAAUACUAAUAUGAUACUCAAAUGAAUAAUUAACUCCUCACUGGAAAUGUUCUAGGUAUCUUUGCGCGAGAUUGAUCAUAUUACUCGUAAAAUUGUAGCUUCGCAAAUAAAAUACGUGGGAUAAACAUACAUUCAGAUGAUGAUUAUGCUAUAUAGAUAAGUGAUGCAUGGAAGCAUUUCCCAAAGAGAAUCGAAUAGAUUCUCUCUCUUUUCUUUUGUGUUCGUCAGUCUUUUCUUUACCAUUCCCCGAGACAAUGUGGUGGGUUUACUAAUUAUUAAGUAUGAUUCUUAUAUAUUCUCCUUCUUCCCGUUUUCCUUUUUCUUCCAUAUAUAUUAUGGUACUUCUUUAUAAUCACCCGCUAUUUUACACAACUUCAAGUUAGCUUUUACGUGGAGUUAUAUAUCGAUGAUAAGGCCCUUGGUCUCGUAUACAAAACAAUUGUACAAGUAUGUUGUAGCUAAAAUUAACUAGUUUAGUGAUAGGCAGACUUUAAAAAUAUAAAUUUGAAGCAAUUUCACGAUAUAUCUAAAUCCAUGUGCUAAGCACUUUUAAAUUAGCUUACAAAAGACUUUUAAGGCGAAUUAGUUAUCGGUAAUAGACUUAAGAAAAAUAACUUCAUCGUGAUUUUAAUUCAAGUACAUAAAAAUUAUAUAAUAUAUUGCGAGUAAGUAUUUUUGGGGCAUAUCUCAAAUCUGAAAACGGUUUACGUAUAUACUUUGGGGAUAUUUAAUUUAUUAGAUUUUACUUGUCUUUGUAACAGCAAAUUAAUAUGUAUUGUAGCAAACCUAAUUUACACUAGACAGAAGAAACGACAAAUAGUUUCCAUAUUUCUUAAUAUCCAUAAUUUUAUUUGAGAAUUUAUAUUAAAAGUUAUUAAUCAUUCGUGGCAUUCCACAUGUACCUUGCUGUGGUUUUUUGUCUUAUUAUCUUACAACUGAGGCACCUUUACUUUAGCGAGACAUAUUUACCUUUCAAUAACAAGAUUCUUUUAUAUUUGAAGGAUGGAGAGUUAAAUUUAUCAUACACAGAUGAAAAGGUGAAAUGACGGUAAAUAAAAAGCAGCGAUUGCAGUGUACCACAAGCGACAAUAUGUAAAAUUUGUAACCUGCAGGUAUAAAUGAAAAGGAAUUAACAAAGUAUAUGAAAUUAUGUUUUAGUAGACAAAUUCAAAGGACACAAAGAUGGUCAAGAAUAUUCAAACCUCGGAGACUAUACCUUUACCAUUCAACUAUUCUUGUUUUCUUUAAUCCAAGCUUUUGAUGUUUUCCUUGGGUUUUAUUUGAGAAUCACGAACAAGAUCUAUCUAUGCACGACAAAGUCGGUACUAUAAUGUUGGAAGAAACAUUAAAACUUAAAAGACUAAAAUUAAAGAAGGGAGAAGUAAAUAUUUCAUUAAUGUUUGAUUUCCCUUCUUUAAUUUUCGUGGUUAAGGGAACCGAUACGUUCCUUGAAACUGUUGCCAUGCAACUUUUGCUUUAGCUACCUCUGAUUUUUCUUCUGACUGCAUCCUUUUUGCUCCUGACACGCACGAGAACUUAUUAUGCACCCAUGUACCUAAGUUGAAUUGGUGAAUUUUCAAGGGAAUAGGCUACAAAUGAAUAUAGUGAUUUACAUGCAAACAAACAUCUGUCCAACAAUGUGAAUAUUGAAUUUGGCAAUAUGUAUUUAGCUUUUGUGAAGCAGAAGCAUAACGAAAACGGCUGGUAUUGGAAGCUUUAACCUUGCUGUUUUAAUUUAUUUCCUUUGUUUAAACUAGUGGGGUCUAAAAUGAUAGAAAAAUAUAAAGCCCUCAAUAUGUAUAGAUUAUUUUUGUUUCUUUUGGGAAAACGUAGUUUACGUUAAAGGAAAUGCAUUAAAGCUGAAACAAAAAUAAGAAAGUAAAAACCAAUUGAAACCCUAAAUUUUUACUUCAAAAAAUGUUCCCGGUUGUUGAAGGAAGAGCCUUGUGCUUUGUCGAUAUAUAUAUACGAGGGAGUCCAACAUCACAUUUGUAUCCUCUAAUAAAUCUCAUCUACUCACUUCUACUUUCUUUAACUGUUUAUAACUAGCAUUCCCAGAAGAUGAAUAGGCCAGGAGACUGGAACUGCCGAUUGUGUAGCCACCUCAACUUCCAGAGAAGGGAUUCCUGCCAACGCUGCAGAGAGCCAAGGACGAGCGGCAUUACCGACUUAGUGAGUAAUUUCACAAGCCGUCCAAUCAGUAGCUCUUUUGCUUUCAACACCGGGCCUGACGUGAGACCAGGUGAUUGGUACUGCAACCUUGGAAAUUGCGGGACGCACAAUUUUGCAAGCAGGUCCAGCUGUUUCACGUGUGGUGCCGCAAAAGAUGAGUCGUCACGCUCGGCUGCUGCUGCAGCCACCGGGUUUAUAGACAUGAGUGAUGGUCCGAGACGCGGCCUUUUUGGUUUUGGUAGCAGCAGUGCUGGUGGAGGCGGCAUGGGCCGUUCUUCUUGGAAAUCUGGAGAUUGGAUUUGCUCGAGGCCAGGCUGCAAUGAACACAAUUUCGCAAGCAGGUCAGAGUGUUUCAGGUGCAACGCCCCAAAGGAACCGGCCACCAAUUCACCCUACUAGUCCUAACUUUCUUCGUCAUCUUCAAGAAAUUGGUUACGUUAGAAGAGAUAAAACUAGUGAAGAACCGAUGCAAGAAAACGACCCUUUAUGUCGUGAUUUGUUUUUUUUUUUAAUGUUGAUUUGUCUCGUUUCAUAUCUAGGACUUCUGUCUGGUUAUCUUUGAAUGUAAGCAAAUCAAGUAAAAUUAGGAAGUGUUUUGUUCUUAUAUCGAUCUCCUACUAUGUACGUUUGCUUUAAUGUAUUCUUAUUUUGAUAAAGUGUUACCUUCUUAGUUCUUACUCCGCAA